CACGGUUUCAGUCCGCUGCGAGCAACAGUCCGACGACGUCUCGAGUGAGUUUUGAUGAGUGAGUGCCAAAGAUGGAAGAAACGAAAACAGAAAUCAAAUCGAAGAUCUCCUUCAGCGUGGAGUCGCUGCUGUCGAAGAAGGAGGACGAGGAGGACGAGCACAGGCUGAGCGAUCGGGACGACGACGACGAGAAUAUCACGGUGGACGACGACGACACCGACGGCAGGGAGAGUCUGAGUCCUAGUUCCGCUCACACCGUUUUAAUACCGCAGCCGCUGCAUCCCUCCGUGCCCAGGCUGGGGCACCCGCAGUGGCCAUUCGCCUGGGGGUCUCUCAUGCGCUCCUCCUCCCCGCAAACCAGCGCCCCCACGGGUCCCCCCAUCGUGCGCUGCGCCCUCCGGAAGCACAAACCCAACCGAAAGCCGCGCACCCCCUUCACAACGCAACAGCUCCUAGCCCUUGAAAAAAAAUUCCGGGACAAGCAGUACUUGAGCAUAGCCGAGCGGGCAGAGUUUUCCAGUUCGCUGCGGCUGACGGAGACCCAAGUCAAGAUCUGGUUCCAGAACCGGAGGGCGAAGGCCAAGCGGCUCCAGGAGGCCGAGCUGGAGAAGCUGCGGCUGUCGGCGAGGCCGCUUUUGCCCCCCAGUUUCGGGAUUUUCCCGGGCGGGGCGCCGCCCCUAGUGAGCCCCUUUCUGGCGGCCAUGGCGCACCGGCCCCCGCAUUUCGCCUUUCCGGGGGCGCCGGGGCACAUCCUCAACAUACCCCAAUGACAGUGAGUGGUUGUGGCGGAGUGCAAUCUUUCCAUAAGACUGAAGAGACUUUUCCUGUUUUGUAUAAAUGUGUUUGUUUAUGAUGUACAAAGGUUUAUUUAAUUUCGUUGUAUUAUAAUGUACAUAGGAUGCUAUUAAAUGUUUGUUUUUAAA